AUGUGAUGUGUCCAAUGUGAUCAGCUGUGUCCAAUCACAGCUGAUCACUGAUAAUCAGUGUGCCCUGAUGAUCUGUGUAGACCCAGCAGUGCCACCUGUCAGUGUCCAUCAGUGCCAGCUGUCAGUGCUCAUCCAUGCCACCUGCCAGUGCCCAUCAGUGCCACAUUUCAGUGCCCUUCAGUGUCACCCAUCAGUGCCAGUCAGUGCCACCUAUCAGUGCCGCCAACCAGUGCUAUUCAGUGCCGCCUAUCAGUGUGCAUCAGUGCCGCCUAUCAGUGCCCGUCAAUGCUGCCUAUCAGUGCCACCUAACAGUGCCAGUCAGUGCCACUUAACAGUGCCAGUCAGUGCCGCCUAUCAGUGC